UGAUCUCCAGCCUGAGACAGGAGGUGAAACAGCUGCUGCUAGACAAGGGAGUUUCCCCCAGAGUGACGAUGGCUGAAUACACCCUCAAGGUGACAACCGGUGACAUGAAGCACGCAGGGACCAUAGACCACGUCUACGUCAUCCUGAUUGGAGCAGAGGGCCAGAGUGAACGCACCAACCUGGACAACUUUGGAAUCGACUUCAAAACAGGGAAGACAAGAACAUUUACCAUCAAAACAAGCUCGUCCCUGGGGAAACUUCUCCUCCUCAAAGUGCAGAAAGACCCUCGUCUCGGCCUGAGAGAGGACCAGUGGUUCUGCUCCAAAAUGGUGGCGACGACCCCGGAGGGAGAGGACGUUGAUUUCCCAUGUUACAGGUGGAUCACCAGGGGAGAACAUGUGGAGCUCAGAGGAGGGAAAGCCACAAAGGUUUUUGAGGAUGAGCAUCAUCUGUUGAUUGAGCACCGGAGAGACGAGUUAAAUCUUAGGAAGAGCUUGUACCAAUGGGAGAUCACUGAAGAUAGGCUGCUACACAACAGUCACUUCAAAAAUAUAUCUGAGCUUCCUGGAGAAAUACGCUUCUCCGUGUCCAAAUCAGAACAUAUGUCCUCCACAAACAGAAUGAUUGAUGCUGAGCUAGGACUCAAAGGGCUCUCAGGAUCCAGCAAACAGUGGAAAGACAUGGAGUACAUGAAGAAGAUUUUCUGGUUCAAAAAGACGACAAUGUCCGAGUAUGUUUCCGAGCACUGGAAGGAAGAUGACUUUUUUGGUUUCCAGUUCCUGAACGCAACAAACCCCAACGUGAUCAGGCGCUGCUCCAAACUUCCUCCUAACUUCCCCGUCACCGAGGAGAUGGUGGCGCCUUUUCUGGAAGCUGGAAGCACUUUGAAGGCAGAGCUGGAGAAAGGUCAUAUAUUCCUGGUUGACCAGAAGAUAAUGGAUGGAAUACCAACCAGAGAGAAGGAUGGAAGUUCUCUUCAUACAAGUGCUGGUUUGUGCUUGUUCUACAUGAACUCCGAGAAAAAACUCAUGCCUCUUGCAAUACAGCUUCAGCAGCAACCCUCUGAGCAGAACCCCAUCUUUCUGCCCAGUGACCUGCCGACAGACUGGCUUCUGGCCAAGCUGUUCUUUAAAAGUGCAGAUGUUUUGGAACAUCAGACGGUCCAUCACCUCAUGAACACUCACUAUCUGGCAGAAGUCUUUGCAGUUGCUACUCUCCGCUGUUUCCCUGCAGUCCAUCCUCUUUACAAGCUGCUGAUCCCUCAUUUCCGUUACACUCUGCACAUCAAUAUAUUGGUUCGAACGUCUCUUCUUGGACCUGAUGGCGUUUUGAGUGAGAGUUCCCUUGGAGUGGUGGGGCUGAAGGAGCUGAUGAAGAGGGCCCUGUCCGAACUGACCUACAGCUCUCUCUGUCUGCCUGAGAACAUCACUGCACGAGGACUCGAGUCCAUCCCCAACUUCUACUACAGAGACGAUGCUUUGAAGCUGUGGAACUGCAUCAAAGAUUUUGUGAGGGGCAUGGUGCAGUAUUUCUAUCCCUCAGACAGUGAUGUGAGCAGAGACACUGAGCUGCAGGAAUGGAUCCAUGAGAUAUUCACACACGGCUUCUUAGAAAACAAACUCUCCGGUUUUCCAACAUGCUUUAAUACUGUGAAUGAGGUGGUCAAGUUCCUCACCAUGGUGAUCUUCACGGUGACGGUACAACAUGCGGCUGUUAAUAAUGGACAGUUUGACUAUAACUCCUGGAUCCCUAAUGGUUCUCCUCUGCUGUGCAAACCUCCUCCAACCAUGAAAGGCCAGUCGAGCAUGAACACCGUUCUUGAGGUUCUCCCAAAUGUUGGCGACACGGUCAAGUUUGCAGCACUGAGUUGGACUCUCUCAAACAAGUACUCUGACAAUGUUCGUUUGGGUGAAUACCCUGAAGAGCGUUUUUAUGAGCCUGCCACCAAGCUGAUGAUAAAGGACUUUCAAGCUGAAUUAUCCUACCUGACUGAAGAAAUUAAAGCAAGAAAUUCUCAACUUAAAGUACCCUACACAUAUCUAAACCCUGCUGAAAUAGAAAACAGUGUAACUAUUUAG